AUGAUGACCGCAUCAAGUGAAACCUUUAAGCUAUUUGUUUUAAGACAUGGACAAAGUGAAUUAAACCAUGAGAAUAUAUUUUGUGGGUGGAUUGAUGCUCAUUUAACAGAAAAGGGAAAAAAUCAAGCAAAAAAUACGGCUAAAUUGAUUAGGGAUUAUUGUGAUACCAAUAAUAUCAAAUUGCCAGAGAUUGGGUACACUUCACGUUUAAUAAGAACACAAGAAACUAUGGAAGUCAUAUUACAAAGUCUAGGCAAGACUGGAAAAUUUGAGAUUAUUAGUGCUGUGGCUGAUGAUUUACAGAACGUGAGUUUUCCUACCAUUAGUUCUCAAGAGCAAGAAAAUGGUGUUAUUCAAGUAUUACAGAGUUGGAGAUUGAAUGAACGUCAUUAUGGGUCAUGGCAGGGUCAAAGAAAACCAAAAAUUUUAGAGCAAUAUGGGGACGAACAAUAUAUGUAUAUUAGAAGAGAUUAUAAUGGUAAACCACCAAAAGUGGAUUUAAAUUUGGAGAUGAUCCAAGAGAAUAAUGAAAAGGGAGCAUUGACUGGUUAUGAAUUCAAGGAGCCAAAUAGACAUCAAAAAUAUCAUGAAGAAGAAGCUAAAGGUGAGGUCUUACCUUCUAGCGAAUCUUUAUCUGAAGUGGUGAAAAGAAUGAAACCAUUUUUGGAAAAUAUUAUUUUAAGGUUUGGUAAAGAACAAGAUCAAGAUUCAUGUUUGAUUGUAGCUCAUGGAAGUUCUGUUAGAUCUAUCUUAAAAGUCUUGGAGAAUAUUUCAGAUUCAGCUAUUAAAGAUAUUGAUAUUCCAAAUGGUAUCCCAUUGGUUAUUGAAUUGAAUAAGAGUGAUUUUGGGUUAGUUAGAAGCUUUUAUCUAGAUCCAGAAUCAGCAAAAAUCAAUGCAGCUAAAGUUCGUAACGAAGGUUUUGAAAAGAGUCCAUAA